AUGUCUCUCAAUGGGUUAGAUGAUCCCGCCGUCAUCGAGGCCUACCAGACCGCCCUCACUGAAGCGGGAGGAUGGUUGCUUCUGAAAUAUGUAGGUAGGGAUGAGAUAUCUCUCUUGGGCCGCGGUAGCGGCGGAGUGACCGAGAUUCGGGGGAUUAUGGAGGGUUAUGAGGAGAAUUCCCCUUUAUAUGGCUUUCUGCAGUACAGACGGAGAAAAGUCAUCCUUCGAUAUAUGCCCGAGGGGAUGUCAAGGUUGCUACAAGCUCGCACUACGGUCCAGUUCCAGUCAUUUCUGGACAAAUUCUCGCCUCACGAUACAGUCUUCGCUCUGGCAGCCGCGUCGGAAUUGACGGAAAGUGCAUUGUCUUCAGCCUGCUUGCUACAUGCCGCCUCGGGAUCCAUGCCUUCUUCCACAAGCUCCCUGCGCCAUCGCAGGCUCAUGGAGAUCACAGAGGAUGCAGAAGAAAAUGGGAUAAACAAAGAGGAAGCGUCGACACAGUCUGACGACACCGCGGCGGAGAAGAGGAGUCUAUACAGCCAGCAGUCAGAGGCCACUGCGGUGCCUCCACGAAUAGCGGAUGGAAGCCCACAAGCUGAUCAUACAUCUCCCGGCUCGAAGGCAGACGAGGGACACAGACGACCAUCAGUCGCAUCGGAACACCACUCAGAGCGUUCUCUCCCUCAGAGACAUCUUUUGGAGCAACUCUCUGAACAUAAUUACGAGCCACGCCAGUCGUCUCAGUCGACAAGGCCGUCAUUCCAAGACUUGGAUUCGGGUCUCUACCGUCCGAAAGUGAAGCUCGGUCCUCGACCUUCAAUGGAUGUCAAUGGGCGCCCCCGUACGGCCGGGACUCUUUCGCGUGAACGUGACACACGACCAGUUGCAGCGUUACCUGCAGGAGUCCGGCCAUCGAGCGUGCGGAGAACAAAUGCGCCUCGACCCAAGUCCCAACCUGGAUCUACUAGCAUGCUCUCCACUUCGGCCCAUGGCGGUGUGCCCGCGGUGCCUCCACUACUGGUUCCACCGCCGUCGUUAAAUAUCGCGAGACCCCAAUUGUCUCCUGGCGCAAGGUCGCUAACGGGAUCAACAUCGUCGGGAAUCGCGCCAGAAAAGGAACGACUGAUGAAAGCACUCGAAUUGCGAAAGAAGCAGAUGGAAAAGCGUGCCCAAGACAAAAAGAAAGAAAAGCCGCAAGAUCCUAAGAUAAACAGUGUGUUCGACGCCACCGAAGACAAAGAGAACAUCGAUACCAUGCAAGUGAAAGAAUUGCAGAGUCAUGAGAAGCAACCUGCUGAAUCCGACUCUUUACCGCGUAAAGAGCCACUUUCCGAGUCGGGUCAUGUGACUUCCUUGUCCGAAAAGGAGCCGCAGACUGUCACGAAACCAGCUUCUCCAAGCACUUCCAAUCCUGAUUCAGCAGUCGAUAUUGUGGUUGGACGUGCUGAAGAUGGCCAACCUUCAAAUCCAACGACUCCAGUGCCACCUGCGACCUCUUCCCUAGUCGCAGAUGAAUCACAUCUUGCAACUCCACAGGCCACAAAGGAUGUUGACACGACAGAGGAGACGCCAAAGCCGACAGCUACGGGACUAGGACUUUUAGUGACUGAUGACCAUAUCUCUGGUGGAGUAAAUGGAUCCGAAACCCCCAAAACAGAAGUAUCGGAAAGUUCUACAGGAGGAGAUCAGUCUUCUACGCCCACGCCUGAUGCCAUUCCUCCAUCUCAGGCAGCAUCUUCUGUUGAUGACGAUGCAUCGCAGACCACCGAUAGUGAGGUCCCGGGGCCUAAAAUCAAGAAGAAAGAUCUGCUUCACCCCAUACAUGUUGUUUCGGCUCAAGAAUUCUCUGAUGAUGAUAACCUGCUUUCCGACGAUUCGUUCAUGGAGGAGCUGAAGAGCGCUACGGUACAGGAGGCGCAACCUAUAUCAGUGGGGAAGUCUUCUCCAGCAGCUCCGAUGGUUUCACCUAAUAGACUUGCCUUGGAUGCACCACGCGCAGUUUCCAAUCCCAGUGCAUUGGGUCAGACCAGCUCUGACAUUCAAGCACUUCCAGUAGGCAGAUCUAUCUCCAGCUCCUACUUUGAAAACAACCAGCCUCCGCCCCAAGUACUUGUGGCGAAGAAAGUCAACGUGUCCUCCGGCAUUUCCAAACGCAUCAAAGCGCUCGAGAAGUUCUCGAACAGCGGUGGCCCGACAACGGUACAGCCGGUUGGCCCCGCACAUAGCACUUCUGCCUUCGAGAAGUUUAGGAAGCGUGCGUCUUUCUCCGUGGCUGGCCAUAGUCCCGCCUCGACGACUACUUCCACCCCCCAUACGAAGUCUCCUGCAUACCUCACUCCUUCUCCGUCUCCAGAACCCACUAAAGCACACACGCUAAGCCAGAGCUCCCCGCCGAAUGCAAGUCGAGGAAAGCCUCCCUCCGUGUCAGUUACAGCUCGAAUCGUCCGCGAUCCAAGUGUUCCGCCUGCCGAUCCUGCAGCUGAUCCGUCAGAGCCAAGUGCUUUGAAUCUUCAGCGUAGCCCGCUGAUUGUGGAAAGUGAAGCAACGGAUUCAACCCGCCCUUCAAGCCCUCUUCAAGUCCCAGCUGCGGAUGGCAAGUCGGAGGAACGUCGCAUGUCCGUGUCGUCCGUGAGCUCACGAGGUGACUCCAAUGCAGUUGCAGCUACGAGGUCAGCGAGUGUGGCUUCUGCAUCUUCACGCGUGACCCCCGAUACAGGCUCUAGCCCUGAUUCCAAGAAGGAGUCCCGCACUUCCCGUCUGAUGCGUCGUAUGUCUUCGAUGACCUCGAAUUCUCGAAAGAGUGUUAUGAAUGCGCUGAGCCCACCGCUGAAGGAAGAGGCUCAAGGGCCACCAAAGAAAGACGACGAUCUACCUCCGGUACCACCUCAGGUAGUAGACAUCGGUGAAGUGAAUGUCCAGUUCCCGGACACUCUUCUCUGGAAACGAAGGUUUAUGCGUAUCGACGAGCAGGGAUAUCUCGUUCUGACCCCGGGAAACGUUGAUUCCAGCACGCGAAAUAUCAUCAAGCGCUAUCACCUGUCGGAGUUCAACAAACCGUACCUUCCAGACCAGGACAUACAAGAGCUCCCAAACAGUAUUGUGCUGGAUUUCCGGAAUGGAAGUAGUCUUCAGUGCGCUUGUGAGUCUCGACAAGGACAGGUUGCCGUGCUUCAGAGUAAGUGUCUCCCCCUUGGCUACGAACCGGUCACAAGCUAA